UCGGCUGGAAAGAGACAAACGUUACCAAACUUAAUGUCGAGGAGCGUUCCGAGAUUUUUCAGGCUCAGCCCACAGUUUCUGGCUUAUGGUGUGAAAACGGACCUGUAGGAUGGACGGUUUGUCUUUCAGGAAGAAAAAAUGUCGAACCACAGCGCCGAACCAAAGCAGUCUCCUACCAUUCCUUCACCUUUCUGGUGGCCCAGUCAUUCACAAUGAACACCAGUAGAAACUGCACCACAGUGGGGAAUGGUGAGGGUCUGGCUGCCCUGGAGUCAGUCUCCAUCGUGACCAUCACGCUCCUCGCCUGCCUGGGGAACUUCUUGAUUGUGGCAACCCUUUAUCGCAGGCCAUAUCUGCUCACACCCAGCAACAAGUUUGUGUUCAGCCUGACCCUGUCCAACCUGCUGCUGUCCAUGCUGGUGCUGCCAUUUGUGGCUGUGAGCUCAGUGAAGAGAGAAUGGGUGUUUGGGGUGGUGUGGUGUAAUUUCACUGCCCUGCUCUACCUGCUAAUCAGCUCUGCCAGCAUGCUCACCCUUGGAGCUAUUGCCAUAGACAGGUACUACGCAGUGCUUUACCCAAUGAUCUACCCCAUGAAGAUCACAGGAAACCGGGCGGUUGUUGUCAUCUCCUAUGUGUGGUUACACUCCCUGGUAGGCUGUCUGCCUCCCCUGUUCGGCUGGUCCUCCUUCGAGUUCGACUGCUUCAAGUGGACCUGUGUUGCGUCCUGGCACAGAGAGUUGAGCUACACAGCCUUCUGGGUCACCUGGUGCACCCUUCCCCCCUUCUUCAUCAUGCUGGCCUGUUAUGGUGUAAUUUUCCGUGUUGCCCGCAUGAAAGCUCGUAAAGUACACUGUGGGACAGUUGUUGUGGGCCAGGACGAUUCCACUGCAGUUCAGAGGAACGGCCGUAAAAACUCAAGCACCUCAACGUCCUCUAAUGGAAGCCGACGAAGUCUUGUGUAUGCGGGGAGUCAGUGUAAGGCCUUUGUCACCAUCUUAGUGGUGAUCGGCACCUUCCUCGUGACCUGGGGUCCGUAUGUCGGGGUGGUCUGCACUGAGGCUUUGUGGGGACAAGGCAGUGUGUCUCAGGGACUGGAGACUUUGGUGGCGUGGCUGUCUUUCUGCAGCGCAGUGUGCCACCCGCUCAUUUAUGGUUUGUGGAACAAAACAGUGAGGAAAGAGCUUCUGGGGAUGUGUUUUGGAGAUCGCUACUACAGAGAGUCGUUCGCCACGCGGCAACGGACGUCCCGUCUCUUCAGCAUCUCCAACAGAAUCACAGACUUGGGUAUGUCCCCACACCUGACAGCCAUGCUGGCUGGUGGAGGACAUCUGCUGGCCCCAGGGAGCAGCACAGGGGACACUGGCUUCAGUUUCACUCAGGACUCAUGCACAGACGUGAUGUUGCUGGAUAACUUCUCCACAGAUGGCUCCUCCCACCCACAGCCCCACAGCAAUCUGUCCGGAAAGAGGAGGAGCUCGGUCACCUUUGAAGACCAGGUGGAGCAUUCCAAAGCUGAAAACACCAGCGCAUCCUUGGUUCAAGUCCACGCAGAGGUACACAAAUCUCUCGACACAUUUGCCUCCUGUCUGGCGAAGGCUAUAGAGAGUGACGCUAAGCUCACUCUGUUUGGGGAGGAGCUGGCUCUGCCUGGGGGACUGUUUACCACCAGGGUAGCACCGAGACCCAGAUACCUGGACGGUCAGAGACUUAGGCUAGAAAGUAUUGAUGAAGGGAUUGUUAAAGACGACAGAGAUGAAGAAGAGCAGGAUGUGGAGGAAAAACCAGCCUGACCCCAGCUGGUCUGAACAUGCUUAUGGACCAUACUCGGUUUAUUAGUGAACCACAAGGGUUUUACACUCCAAACACUACUAUCUGUGACCAUUCAGAGUGGUGCUUGUCCUGCUCUGUGGUGCCGCUUAUGAAGUCUUAUCUCUCUGCACAUGGCUACUCCGUACUUGAAAUUAUUAAGAAAGAGACAAAGUCACAUUGUUCAUUCCACUGUGUUGGGCUGAGUGCACACCAACAGUGUCUUUGCAAGCUUUUGUGUGUAUCAUUAUAAUCAAACAGGAAGCCUUAACUACUGUAGCCUCAAUGAUCUAAUUGUUGUAGUAUUUUGAUUAUUACUAUAUAUUCUUGUGUUCUCAGAUUUUACAAUUACAUGUGCCUCAUUAGGGCUGCAGAGUAUUCAAGAAAGAGAAUCAUUUCUGUCUUUCAAAAGACUCAUAACACUGUUAUCCAAACACCAAAACAAACAAGUUGGUUCACAUACACUGGUGUUUCCUCUCAUUGUACCUGAUUAGAUGGACCUCUUAACCAUGUGGGUGGGCUGGCUGAUGCUCUGUUAGCUUUGUUGGAGGGUGAUGACCUGCAGCUCCACCCACCCUCAACUUGAUGCUACAGUCACAUCUUAUUGGUUGGAUGAUGACUGAUGAUUGACAGUACUGCACCGUAUCCAUUGGGUCCAUUGAGACUGGGUCUUAAUUAUCUUGGAUGGCAGACUUUGGUGAUUGUCAGUGGUCAUCAGGCAUCAGUGCUUGUCCGUUUCCCGUCACUUCUGUGACAUUACGUGCCCAGUGUGAUUUCAGGAAAAUCUCAGUUUCUCAGUCAUGAUUAUCACUUCGCUAAUUACAAUAACUUUAAUAUGCCAUGAACGCAUCACAAGUAGAGGUCUAAUCAGCCAGAAUCUCUGAAAAUGUGCAGGUUCUUUAAUGUAACACAACAGAGAUGUUAUAACAGAUGUAAGUGCUACGAGCCCUUUGGGUGAGAAAAAUCACUUUUUUUUGUUCUUGGAAUUUAUUUUUUUCACAGGAAUCCCUUUGACAUGUCAUAGUGAAAAAAAUACAGAGUAAAUAACACGAGUGAUGGCUGAAUUCUGUUUAUGAAUUCGCUAACCAUGACCCUGAAUAGGAAGUAAUGAGUAUAAAAGGAAAUUCUGUAAUACAUCAUGAGAAAAUCUCAAAAUGAUUAUAGUCAUACAGACUAUAUGUAUAUGUAUUGCCCAGCCAUUUGAACAGAAUCUGUUGGCCAACAUUUGUAGUUCUGAUAAGGUACUUGCAGUGUAUUAUGGUCUUAUUGUGUAUUAGAAGCAAGGAAUGGAUUGAUAUUUCAUGCUUAUCUGCUUGCACUUGAACAUGCAGUGUGUACUUGUUGUCAUAGAAACCACUCUCACUGUAUAAAAUGGGUAAAUGAGUAAAUGAAGCUCGGAAUUAGUCUGUUAGACUAUUUCAUUACAAGGACUCUCAUUUCAUAAUGUUGUGCACAUACUGAACAAAGCAGAGCCACCAUGUCAGAAACAAACGACUUCAUGUUGUUAGAUCAGUAACUGAGAGUCAGCUGAAAGAAAAAGAGAUUGUGUUUGCGUUUGGUGUUGAAUUGGAGGACGAGUUUUUAUCCGUGGGGUAACGUGGUCGAUAUGUACAAAACUGUGUCUUAGUAAAUAUUCAUUGGUACAUGUGGUUUACCUCAGUUUAUACUACACUCCAUCGAUCCCUGUACUAUUACACAAGUAACUCAGAGGAUGUUUGUAAUAAGUAGAGCACACUCCUGGUGCUUCAGUCUUACCUCGUAUCUUCAUAUUAUGUUUGAACGGUACUACUUUUAUAAGUAUACACCUGAGAUGUGAUUUGAUUUUCACUAUACAGUAAGUAUUAAAACAAAUAUUUGCAUUAAAGUUUUGUAUCAAGAUUCUUUUAUUAAAACUUUUUACAUAAACAUUUCUGAACCAUUUUUUUUUAUUUAUUUUUUCUUUUUCUUUGUACGUCAUGAUUCUGUGAGUGGAGGUUAAGCAGUACCAUGUUAGUGUCUUUACUUUGGCUAAUAAAACAAGUGGAGCUGUUCCUGUUGCACUUUG